AUGGCGGUGGUUUCUGGACCCGUGACACCGGGACAGGUGUCAUUUUUGCUUGGAAUCAUCCCAGUUUUUAUUGCUUGGAUAUACUCUGAAUGCUUGGAGUAUAAGAAGUCACCAUCCCCAUCUAAAGUUCAUUCAGAUAGUAAUCUGGUUGAAAUGGAAAAUGCCACAAUAAAGGAAGAAGAACGGGCUGUGUUGGUGGAAGGAGGUCUUACAAAAUCAGCCUCCACAAAGUUGUCCACUCCAUCAAUUAAAACAAACUUGAUUAGGUUUGUGACAAUGGAUGACUCAUUUUUGCUUGAAAAUCGACAAAUUUUAAGAGCAAUGUCUGAGUUUGGUGGGCUUUUGUUCUAUUUUUACAUAUGUGACCGCACAAACUUGUUUCCAGAUUCCACCAAGAGCUACAAUCGCGAUCUUUUCCUUUUUCUCUACAUUCUUCUUAUCAUAACUUCAGCAAUGACUUCGCUGAAGAAACAUAAUGACAAGUCAGCAUUUUCUGGGAAAUCUAUACUUUAUCUUAAUCGCCAUCAGACUGAGGAGUGGAAAGGAUGGAUGCAGGUUCUGUUUUUGAUGUACCAUUAUUUUGCUGCAUCGGAGAUAUACAAUGCGAUUCGAGUUUUCAUUGCUGCUUAUGUCUGGAUGACUGGCUUCGGAAAUUUCUCUUACUAUUACAUUAGAAAAGAUUUUAGUGUUGCACGGUUUGCCCAGAUGAUGUGGAGGCUAAACUUUUUUGUGGCAUUUUGUUGUAUUGUUCUUAACGAUGAUUAUAUGCUAUACUACAUCUGCCCAAUGCACACCCUCUUCACUCUUAUGGUGUAUGGGGCCCUUGUUUUUGACCUGGUUUGGAGUCCCUUCACUUAUCUGUUAGGAUAUAGCGAUCCUGCAAAACCAGAUCUUCCUCGACUGCAUGAGUGGCAUUUUAGAUCCGGGCUUGAUCGUUAUAUUUGGAUAAUCGGAAUGAUCUACGCCUAUCUUCACCCCAAUGUUGAGAAGUGGAUGGAGAAACUGGAGGAGUGUGACUCAAAGCGGAGACGCUCAAUCAAAACAUCUGUUGUUGUAGUUUCUUCGAUUGUUGGCUAUUUGUGGUAUGAAUUCAUCUACAAGUUGGACAAGGUUGCAUAUAACAAGCUCCAUCCAUACACAUCAUGGAUUCCCAUAACUGUUUAUAUUUGUUUGCGGAAUUCUUGUCAGCAGCUUCGGAAUUUUUCAUUGACCCUUUUUGCGUGGCUUGGCAAAGUUACUUUGGAAACCUAUAUUUCCCAGUUCCACAUCUGGCUAAGAUCAAACAUGCCUAAUGGACAGCCUAAAUGGCUACUCUGUUUGAUCCCAAACUACCCUUUGCUUAACUUCAUGCUCACAACUGCCAUUUAUAUCUUGGUAUCAUAUCGGCUUUUUGAGUUGACUAACACAUUGAACUGCCAUCUGUGGAUGUUUAUAUUGCAUUUCAUUCAUUCUUCUGCAAAUCCCUCAUUAAUGAUACGAGAAAUCACCAGCUAUGGGUACAAAAACAUAUCGGUGAACAUACAUGGACAGCAGGGAAGGUGUUACUGGAUUCGGAACUAA